AUGACUGUGCUGGCCAGGGCCCGGCGGGGUAUCUGGCAGCUCUCUCCGCAGGUGGUGUUGCUCCUGCUCUUUGCCUUCUGCUUGCUCAGUGUUUUCGUCUCUGCUUACUAUUUAUAUGGGUGGAAAAGGGGCUUGGAGCCCUCUGGGGACGUGGCGGGGCUGGACUGCGACGAGCCCAAGGUGGCCCCUUCCCGUUUGCUGCCACUGAAGACCCUCAAGGUGGCCGACUCCUCUCGCACAGACCCCUUGGUGCUGGUCUUCGUGGAGAGCCUCUACUCCCAGCUGGGCCAGGAGAUUGUGGCCAUUUUGGAGUCGAGUCGCUUCAAAUACAGGACAGAGAUUGCCCCGGGGAAGGGGGACAUGCCCACACUGACCGACAAGGACCGGGGACGCUUUGCACUCAUCAUCUACGAGAACAUCCUCAAGUAUGUCAACCUGGAUGCCUGGAACCGGGAGCUGCUGGACAAGUACUGCGUGGAGUAUGGUGUGGGCAUCAUUGGCUUCUUCAAGGCCAAUGAAAACAGCCUUCUGAGUGCCCAGCUGAAGGGCUUCCCACUCUUCCUGCACUCCAACCUGGCGCUGAAGGACUGCAGCAUCAACCCCAAGUCACCCCUGCUGUACAUCACACGCCCCAGUGAGGUGGAGAAGGGUGUGCUCCCCGGAGAGGACUGGACUGUCUUCCAGUCCAACCACUCCACCUACGAGCCUGUCCUCCUGGCCAAGACCAAGUCAGCUGAGUCCAUCCCGCACAUGAGUGUGGACGCUGCCCUGCACACCACUGUGAUGCAGGACCUGGGCCUCCACGAUGGCAUUCAGAGGGUGCUUUUCGGCAACAACCUCAACUUCUGGCUGCACAAGUUGGUCUUUGUGGACUCUGUCUCCUUCCUGACGGGCAAGAGGUUGUCUCUGCCCCUUGACCGCUACAUCCUGGUGGACAUCGAUGACAUCUUUGUGGGCAAGGAGGGCACACGCAUGAAGGUGGAAGAUGUCAAGGCACUGUUUGACACACAGAAUGAGCUGCGCACCCACAUCCCAAACUUCACCUUCAACCUGGGAUACUCAGGGAAAUUCUUCCACACAGGUACUGAUGCUGAGGACGAAGGCGAUGACCUGCUGCUGUCCUACGUGAAGGAGUUCUGGUGGUUCCCCCACAUGUGGAGCCACAUGCAGCCUCACCUCUUCCACAACCAGUCGGUUCUCGCCGAGCAGAUGACCUUAAACAAGAAAUUCGCUAUAGAGCAUGGCAUCCCCACUGACAUGGGGUACGCUGUGGCCCCCCACCACUCGGGUGUGUACCCUGUCCACGUGCAGCUGUACGAAGCUUGGAAGCAGGUUUGGUCCAUCAGGGUGACGAGCACCGAGGAAUAUCCACACCUGAAACCCGCUCGCUACCGCCGUGGCUUCAUCCACAAUGGCAUCAUGGUACUCCCCCGACAAACCUGUGGCCUGUUCACACACACCAUUUUCUACAAUGAAUACCCUGGUGGCUCCAGUGAGCUGGACAAAAUCAUCAAUGGGGGUGAACUGUUCCUGACUGUCCUCCUGAACCCCAUCAGCAUCUUCAUGACCCAUCUGUCCAACUAUGGCAACGACCGCCUGGGCUUGUACACCUUCAAGCACCUGGUCCGCUUCCUCAACUCCUGGACCAACUUGAAGCUGCAGACAUUGCCCCCUGUGCAGCUGGCACAGAAGUACUUCCAGAUAUUUUCUGAGGAGAAGGACCCACUGUGGCAGGAUCCCUGUGAAGACAAACGACACAAGGACAUUUGGUCCAAAGAAAAGACCUGUGACCGAUUCCCGAAGCUUCUCAUCAUCGGGCCUCAAAAAACAGGAACAACUGCCCUUUAUCUCUUUCUGGGGAUGCACCCGGACCUGAGCAGCAACUACCCCAGCUCAGAGACCUUUGAGGAGAUACAGUUCUUCAAUGGACACAACUAUCACAAGGGCAUCGACUGGUACAUGGAAUUCUUCCCCAUCCCUUCCAACACCACCUCUGACUUCUACUUUGAGAAAAGUGCCAACUACUUUGACUCUGAAGUGGCUCCCCGGCGAGCUGCAGCCCUGCUGUCCAAGGCCAAAAUCAUCACCAUCCUCAUCAACCCUGCAGAUCGAGCCUACUCCUGGUAUCAGCACCAGCGAGCUCACGAUGACCUGGUUGCCCUGAAGUACACCUUCCACGAGGUGAUCACAGCGGGGCCCGAGGCUGCCCCGAAGCUGCGGACCCUGCAGAAUCGCUGCCUGGUGCCAGGCUGGUACGCCACCCACAUCGAGCGCUGGCUCAACAGCUACCACGCCAACCAGAUCCUGGUGCUGGAUGGCAAGCUGCUCCGUACAGAACCUGCCAAAGUGAUGGAGACGGUCCAGAAAUUCCUUGGCGUGACCAACUUCAUUGAUUAUCACAAGACCCUGGCGUUUGAUCCAAAGAAAGGAUUCUGGUGUCAGCUUCUGGAUGGAGGGAAAACAAAAUGCUUGGGAAAGAGCAAAGGGAGGAAGUACCCCGAGAUGGAUUCAGAUUCACGCUCCUUCCUGCGGGACUAUUACAGGGACCAUAACAUAGAGCUCUCCAAGCUCCUGUACAAAAUGGGGCAGACGUUGCCCACCUGGCUGCGGGAGGAGCUGCAGAGCACCAGGUAGCUGCUGCUGCCACCCCCAGAAAUACCUGAGUGGGGCUGACCCUGUGCCAGCAGGACCUUCUCAGCAAUACCUGACCUUGGAGGGGACCCCAGGAGCACACAGCAUCACUGGAGGCUUGGAGGGGACCCCCAGUAGCAUAUGGCUGCACCAGAGGCAUGGAGAGGACCCCCAGGAGCACAGGGCUCCACUGGAGGCUGGCUGAGCAGUGAUCCAACUCUACAAUCUCUGUGCUCCCACCUCUCUACCUGUCCCACACCUGUAUCUCUUUCAUUUUACUUUUCCUUUUUAAUUCCUUAUCCCUUCCCACCCAGCUCUGGCAUAGGGAAGUGGCACGAAUUCCCCCCUUCUCUGCUCAAAAUGGGUUCCAACUGCCUUGGGCCCGAGGACAGCACCAGAGCUGUCCCUCACUUUCUGGUAUGAGGGUGGAGGAGCUGGUGGUGGCUUUGCUGAGCUGGAGUGGAGGGAUGGAGCUGGUGGAGACCCAAAGCACAGAGGAACCCAGAACCACUCCUGCCAUCAGCCCCAUGGCAGGAAACAGGAGAGUUUGCUGGAUUCCUCCAGCACCUACUUGGAAAAGCUGAGAGCAAGGUGGAUUUUUCUUUCAAAGACUGGGGCACAAUUUCUGUCAUCUCUGUCAUCAUUUUCAAGCUCCUCAACCUUUGGCUCCCCAUCCAUGGGAAGUCUGGUGGGAAAGUGGCCUAGCAGGAGAAGGGGCUGGCAUGCUGGUCUUGGCAUACUGGUCCCAGUAUGCUCAUGACCCCCAAGGCCAUCCUGCAAACUUGUACACAUGUGGUGUUUCCUGUGGUAAAGCCAAGUGGUGCCCAACACACCCUGGCAUGGAGGAGAGCUCGGGGACAGAACAGACAUUGGGAUAACGGCAAUCAGAAGAAU